AUGACUCAGUCUCCCGACUACAAAAUUCUUAAGCGAUGCGUCGAACUUGCUAAGGAAGCACUGGAUGCCGGCGACGAUCCAUUCGGCUCCGUCCUCGUAGGUGCUGACGGAACCAUCAUCCGCGAAGACCGCAACCGCACACAGACCGGCGAGAACGGUGACGGCACGCCGGAUGCAACCCUUCAUCCCGAGUUUACCUUGGCGCGAUGGGCGCAACUCAACCUCAGCGCUGAGGAGAGAGCCAAGGCGUCUGUCUACACAUCUGGGGAGCACUGCCCCAUGUGUGCUGCGGCACAUGCCUGGGUGGGCUUAGGGCCGAUUGUCUAUGUGUCGUCAACAGAACAAUAUGCAUCAUGGCUGGAAGAAUUUGGGCUGGCAGCUGGCAAGAAGGUGGCGGCACUUCCUAUCAGCCAGGUCGCUCCCAACACCCCUGUUCAAGGGCCGAUCCCAGGGCUUGCGGAAGAGGUGAAGGCCCUCCACCAAAAGAAGCAUGCCAAGUAA